UUCUGCAACAGGUGCAAAGCACCAUUCUUGCCGCCAGCCCGCCACUUCCCAAUUCGUUUCCCCCUAUUUUUCUCCAAAAUGGCCUUCUUCACCUCUCUUCUCAGAAGAGCUUCUUCUUCAUCAUCUUGUUCACCUCUUCUCCGGAACCUUCGUUGCUUGAGCAACGUCCCUGAAAACACUGUGUAUUCGGGACCCACUUCCCAGAGCUCGAUCAAGAGAGUGACGCUGACCUACCUGAGGCAGAAGCAUAGAAGGGGCGAACCCAUCACCAUGGUCACUGCAUAUGAUUACCCGUCGGCGGUGCACUUAGACACUGCCGGUGUCGAUGUCUGUCUCGUCGGGGAUUCGGCAUCCAUGGUGGUUCAUGGACACGACACCACUCUGCCGAUCACUCUCGACGAAAUGCUCGUUCAUUGUCGUGCCGUUGCUCGUGGCGCUAAGCGGCCACUUCUGGUAGGGGACUUGCCGUUUGGGACCUACGAAUCCAGCACUGGUCAGGCAGUUGAUACAGCUGUUCGUCUAUUAAAGGAAGGGGGGAUGGAUGCAAUAAAAUUGGAAGGAGGGGCACCUUCAAGAAUUGCAGCAGCAAAAGCUAUUGUUGAAGCUGGAAUUGCUGUCAUAGGACAUGUGGGACUGACUCCACAGGCCAUUAGUGUGUUAGGAGGUUUUAAGCCUCAGGGAAAGAAUGUGUCUAGUGCUGUCAAGGUUGUAGAGGCUGCUUUAGCUUUCCAAGAAGCUGGAUGUUUCUCUGUCGUUUUAGAGUGUGUGCCUCCACCAGUGGCUGCUGCAGCAACCGCAGCCCUUCAAAUACCCACAAUUGGAAUUGGGGCUGGUCCAUUCUGCAGUGGACAGGUGCUAGUUUAUCAUGAUUUGCUUGGUAUGCUGCAACAUCCCCAUCAUGCAAAGGUCACUCCAAAAUUCUGCAAGCAGUAUGCUUGUGUUGGAGAGGUCAUCAAUAACGCCCUAUUGGAGUACAAGGAAGAAGUGACAAAUGGCUCGUUUCCAGAUCCUGGCCAUAGCCCAUACAAGAUCGAUGACACCGAUGUUAAUGAUUUUCUACAUGAAUUGCAGAGGUUAGGUUUGGACAAGGCGGCAUCGGCAGCAUGUGAAGCAGCUCAGAACGUACAAGAAUCAUCCAAAUCAGUGGAAGAAAAUCCCUCAAAGUGAAUGGUAUAGGAAGAGUUUAAAAGGCCAUUCUUCCUUUUCCCUCGAAUCCCUCCUUCACAACACUACAGUCAAUAACAUAGCUCAAAGAAAGGUAACAGAUAGUCGCUACUAUCUCAAGGCAGGUGGACUAUAUCAAUGCUAUACUCUAUAGAUACUUUUUGUAUCGCUUUAGUACCUGAAAAUAUGAUUCUUGUUUCAGCAUUAUAGGAUAUUUGAUGGCUAAAAAAGAUUGCAUGGUAUCAUUCAGCAACUCUGGAAUGCAUCCAUAUUGUCAGAUACAGAAGUGUUGCACAAAAAGUUGUUUAGAUGAUCGAAUUGAUAAUCACAUUAGUUUUUUAGGACCAAAUCGGGGUUUAUGGAACAGCUUGAAACAUAUAAGUUUGCAAGGGAGGGAUACUGUUUGGAAGGUGAUAAAGAAUUGCAGAACUUCAAAUA